AUGCAGGAGGACAAGAAGAUGAAGGUGAAGAAAGGAUGGCUCGCAGUUCAAGUGGGGUCGGAGGACGAAGACGGCGAGUGCCAGCGUUUUGUGAUUCCCAUAUCCUUUCUCUACCAUCCUUUGUUCAAGAGGCUUUUGGAAAAAGCUCACGAGGUUUAUGGCUACCACACCACCGGCCCUCUUAGGCUGCCAUGCUCGGUGGACGAUUUUCUCCAUCUCCGAUGGCGGAUUGAGAAAGAGUCCAACCAUCAUCCUGGUGCUUUGUCCUUCCACUCUUGUUGA